AUGAUUUCGCAAGAGGACUUCAGGCGCCUCAUGGAGUCUUCAUCGACAACAGUGGAAGGCUCUUCUUCCUCUCUAUCAUCAUCAUUGAAUAUCGGAAAUAAUUUUGCAGCAAGUGCUAGCGGAAAUCAACGGUCUUCAAUGGAGGCUGGGAUGUCAACACAGCAAGGAACUCCAUCAUCGACGGCAUACUUGGGCGUAAAUUACGAGAAGGCAGAAGUUCUUUCUAUUCCCGAUAAGAAAUAUACCAUGGUUCUAUUUCCUGGUAGAAUUAAAAACGUUUCUAACGCCAUCAAUAUUCUAGGUGGGAUGAAGAGUAUCCAAGCAUUACACAAACCAAAAGAAAGUACAGACCAACAAACACAUCAAGAAAACAGAUUUUUGGAAUGCAGAUUUAGGCCGAAUAAUUUUAUGAGUUGCCAUCCUGUUUAUGGUGAUGUAACAUCAACAAACAAUUUAUUAUUGAGGCUGAGAAGAAAGAAAGUAAAAAAACAAGUAGGAGAAAGAGUAGUAACAAGAUACGAUCCAGCUCAAUCCCAACUUCAAGUUUUGGGAAUUAUUACUAAAACAGUGAAUUUCAAAGGAUUGUCUGAUUUUCAAUAUAUUCAACCAAAAUAUGUGGAUUUAAAUCAGUCAAUGGACGAAGAUCAAACAACUCGAGAUUCAUCAAGCAACAAUUUCAGCUCAAGCAUUAUGGACGAUGAAGAUGGUGAUAUCGAAAUGCAACAUGAAGAAAAGAUUGCCUCAUCCGUUCCAUCCACCCAAACCCCGUUCACGUUAGAAAUGAUAGCUUCUCUCCAACAUCCUCACACCGGAAAAGGUACAAAGACUCAGAAAUCCAUGCUAGAUUUACCUCCUCCAAUAUUUUCCAGAUUUGACAUGCCCAUGGAUUAUGCGUUCAAACAAAACCCAUCAACAGAGAUUGUUCCAAUUGUUUCUAACGAUGGUACUUCUAAGAAAUACAAAAGACUUCUCAAACCUAGUAAGCAAUACAUGCCACACUGUGUUGAAAUUAAUUUUGAUGAUGAAGUACCGACUGUACCUCCAGAAGAGAUUUUAACAGCUAAAGAUAAGGACUUGUAUAAAGAUGUCGAGAAACGAGUACGAUUCUUGUUUGGAUGUCCAAGUGACGAUCAAGAAGAUCCAACAGAACUUGCACACAUUACUGAUAAGAGCAGAAAUAUUCGUCCGAUUUGGUCAAAAAGCGCAAUAUCAAGCAAAUUUGAAAGUAGGAAAGACAAAUGGAAAUUAAGAAUGGUACUUCCAAGAGUGGCAUAUCACUACAAAAACGGACCAUGGCGUAUGUUGUGGGUUCGAUAUGGUUACGAUCCAAAGAAAGAUGUAUCAGCAUCGUACUAUCAAUUACUUGACUUUAGAGUUCCACAUGAGUUACGACCAAAAAUUCAUUCUCUAACAGGAAAGAGAAAGGAAGACGAACGUGAGACAAACAAAUUCAGAAGAUUGCCAAGAAGAAGAGUUGUAGACACUCAUAUUGAUCUUCAUGAUUAUUUAUACUCUGGGCAAGCAAAAGAAAAAGCUCAAAACGACAUUGAGUCUGUACAUACCUCAAACACCAAUAAUACCAGCUCUGCUACACAUCACGGCGAACAUGAAGAAAAUACAUCGUAUGAAUUCAACUCCAUACCUACACAAAUUCAAGUAUUUUAUCAGCUAUGCGACAUCAGAAUUGCUCCUGCACAGAAUAUUAUUCUAGCAGAUAGGGAUGAAACCAUCGCCAUUACUUAUGGUGUCGUUUCUGGUGUAAAAUCCAGUGAAGAGCUAGGCCUUAGAGAACCAGUAUGGAACAACAGUGAAGAAUGUGAUCCAAAGUAUGGAUGGUAUAAUCAUCAUGCUCUCGAACAGGUCAGAUAUGUGAUGAAGAAGAAAGUUGAAGAAUGGAUAGAAAACGGAGAAGAAAACGAUCCUGAGAUAUUGACAGACACGGAUGAAGAGGUUGAGCAACCCGAAAGUUCAAGAUCAAUCCUUGAAAAACAAGACGAGCAAGAAACUCGCCAUAAGGUGCAACAAGAUGCCAUGAGUGAAACGGAUGACGAACCGAUCAAAGAUGAUGCUGACGUAUUUAUUGAGAGCCAGUAA